UGAGGUCAUUGACCGAUGACGUGUCACAUGCCGUGGAGGUGGCAGCCAUAUUGACGACGUUGGUAGAUUUUGCGGUAGACGAUGAGAAGGGCGAACGCAUCCCUCACCAUGCAGUGAGGACCUCAUGAGCCGGGCGCCGUUUCAAGUAGACGCUGAUAUUCUGAAAAAGAGACUGAAUAGUCUGACAGCACGGACAUCGAGGCUCAGCGCCGAAUACGAUCUGCUUAUGGAGCGAGUGGAACUGCUGGAGAAGCAAGGACUCCAGAACAACGAACUGAUGGAGAAGGAGACAAAGGUGGUGCUACUUUUGGAGUUCUUGAUGCGCGAUGACGUCAGAGCCCACGUCAUCAACGACUACGUUGUCGUGUUUUUCCGGCUCGUGCUUUUGAAGAUGCGACAGCAGGGCCACGACUUCGACGACGUGCUGCAGCUGAGCAAGGCGCUGGGUGAGGAGGAAGUGGCCCUUGUCUUCAGGCUGAUCCUGCGGGACCUCGAUUUCCCCGAGAGUGAGCUUGGCUCAGUGUUAACGCUGCUGGAGGCCACCAAACACCGGAAGUGGCCUUCCCCCGACGCCUCGCAGGUGCAGACGUCGUCACCCGCCGGGGACGCGCAGAUUUCCUCCGCUCUCAUCUACCUGCGCGCACAAGACGAACUUGACCCUCAGGUCAACGCUUCGCUGCGUCGCGCCAAUCUGUUUAGCGCACGAGAGCGUUUUGAGCGACACGGUCGUGUGCGAGGUCGUGCCCGACACAAACAUGAACGAUAACGCCGCCGACAUGACGGUGGCCUGCGAAAGGGGCUGUGGCACGUCUGACGACGAUGUCCCCUGGGACAGCCACAAGGUCCUCAGGCCAUGCCACAUGUCGACAGCCAGAAGCCGGGGAAAGCAGUGCUGCCGUUUCGACAGGGAUGCCAUUCUCCAGUCGCAAAAUGUUUUCGAGAUGACACCUGGAAUCGCGAACAGUAUGGGCGUCUUUCGUGGUGUCCGGGGCAACGACGGAGAGAAGAUAGAAGAGGACGUAGAUGAGGAGACGGCACGAGACGACGACGGUCCGCAUCUGAUGAUCUGGAGAGCCAGGCGCCACGGGGUCAUCAGCUGUGACGUCGGCACCUCAACCCACGAUGUCAUGGACUCAACCUUUGACGACAUCGAUCGCCUGUCGUACACAAGUGAUCGUCUGACACCCUUCCGUUUGGCUGGCAGGAGCCUUGAUGCGGCUGCCAUGGCAGCUGAUGCAAGUAAUGAUGAUGCUUAUUGUUGUAAACAUCGCUGUUUUUCAGACAUGGAGUCGGGAGCUGACAGGGAAUUUUUUAGGGCUUCACAAUUGAAAGAAAAAGAAAAGGAAGAAGAAGACGAGAAGGAUGAAGAAGAAGAGAAGCCAGAAGCAAAGGAAUGUGAGGUAGAAAACGAGGAUCACUCGGCAUCGGAGGAGGAAGCGGAAGAGGAGGAUGCCACAGUGGAGGAGAGCUCACCCGUCGCUCGCUACUCGGAGCUGCUAGACCAUCGCUACUUUAAUGCCGCCGUGGAGUUCAGCACCUGGCAUUACGUCUUUGAUAUCUUCGACGAGGCGGAUGGCGACGAUAACAGGUACAGGGAGGCAGAGGACGACCGCGAGCAGCCGGCUACCCCCACCGCUACUUCCACCCACAUCCCUGCCGAGAAGACGGAAUCGUGUGACUGUUACCUGUCGUAAAGUAGCGUCCGCUUGAGAGGAAAACUUUGAUGAAAGUUGGUGAAAGUGCUGAAUAGAAUUCAUUAGAUACUAAAAUUUAAGGUCAGUAGACUUUCUUAAUGGAGGGGAGAGAGUAAUGUGUGUGUGAGAGAGAUUUUCCUUUCAUACUAAGGCUUAUUUGAUCAAAAUAUUUUCUCACAUUUUUUUUCUCGCGUGUUCUGUACUGAAAGGAAAUGAGUUACAUCUUACAUUUUAUUCCUUUGUACAUCCAACUUGUCUACAGUCUAUACAAACCAGUUUGUAUGCGUUUAAUGUGAAUGCAAUUAUCUUUUGAGGUGCUAAUGUUGUUUGGAAAUAAAAGUGAAGACGGUGCAGCUUCCCC